AUAAAAUGUCUAGGUGGUCUAAGUCAGGCUAUGAAGGACCCAAAGAAAAUGGGUGGCCGCAAGGUAAGGGCAAGUAUACCUUCCCCAACGGCACUAUUUAUGAAGGAAAUUUCGAUAAAGGAGAGUUUCAUGGUGAUGGAGUCCUCAUUUACCCUAAAAAGGGUCGUUAUGUCGCGAAAUGGGACAGAGGAAAGAUGAUUGAGGGGAAGUACUUCUUCUAUGACGAACUUGAGUACCAAAAAGAUGAAUGGGAGUACUGCACACUCACUGAUAGAAGAUUCUACACUGAAAUCACUAAAGGACUCAGACCUGAUGGUCUUACCCUGAUUACUAAUGAUAUCAAUGGUAUUAAACAGAUUCCUGAAGGAACUUACGAUAUUGGAGAUGGAUACUAUGAUCCUGGAAACAAAGCUAUCUACGACUACAACGGGAACGUCCUUAGGGAGCUAGAAGAAGAGCCAGAGGAGUCAGAGAAAUGGAUCAAAGAUAAAUGAAGAUACAACCCUAAUGUGCUAGAAGACCAAUUCCACCUAAACGGAGAGAAUGACAAAAUUAUCCAAAAAAUUAUGCUAAACUCUGGUUCUAGAGGAGCAAAAGAGACAGAAUUGAAGAAGGCAGAUGAAGAGUUAAAGCAAGAGUAAUCCAAGAAUUUCAAUUUUA